AGACUUUUCCUUGAGCACGUGUUGUUGAGUCUGUUGCUGUUUAUCUUUUCAUCAGUCACUUUUACAGUUAAAAAUUAGUUUUGCACUUUUCUAUUUUAAAAAAUCGUGAAAUGGGGAAGCUGGAUGUUUCUAUUCUUCGCUAUUUGACCAGGGAGGACUUCCGAGUCCUCACUGCGGUUGAAAUGGGUAUGAAAAAUCACGAGCUCGUCCCUUCGUCCCUGGUCGCAUCCAUUGCUGGUCUCCGCCAUGGUGGAGCUCAUAAAUUGAUGAGAGAACUCUGUAAACAUCGAUUACUACAGUAUGAACGUGGAAAAAAAUAUGACGGAUACAGAUUGACAAAUUCAGGAUACGAUUAUCUUGCUCUACAGACCUUCGUAGCUCGAGAUUCCAUUAGUGGAUUUGGAAAUCAAAUUGGGACAGGGAAAGAAUCCAACGUCUACACGGUCACGAAUGAAGAAGGCGAGACGUUAUGUUUGAAACUUCACCGUCUCGGAAGGAUUUGCUUCCGAAAUAUCAGAGAAAAAAGAGAUUAUCAUAAAAAUCGUCAUCGUGCCUCUUGGUUGUAUCUCUCGAGGAUUUCAGCAACAAAGGAGUUUGCAUAUAUGAAAGCAUUAGAGUCGAGAGGAUUUCCUGUACCUAAGCCAAUAGAUUUUAACCGUCAUUGCGUUAUUAUGCAACUUGUCGAGGGUACACCUCUCUGCCAAGUUUACAAACUUGACGAUCCUGAAGCGCUUUACGAAGAAAUGAUGAGCAUGCUGGUCAAUUUAGGGAAUCAUGGCGUUAUACACGGAGACUUUAAUGAGUUUAACAUUAUUUUGAGCGGUGAUGCUAAGCCAAAUCUGAUUGAUUUCCCUCAAAUGGUCUCAAUUUCACAUCCCAAUGCAAAAAUGUAUUUUGACCGAGAUGUUCAGUGUGUCCGAGAUUUCUUCAAGAGGCGUUUCACAUAUGAAUCUGAAUUAUUCCCUACCUUUGACGAUAUUGAUCGACAUGAUUCCUUGGAUGUUGAGGUUGCUGCAAGCGGUUUUACUAAAGAAAUGGAAGACAGAUUAGACCAAGUUUUGGAUGAAAAGGAGAGCGAUGGGGAAAGCGAAGAUGAAAACAACGACGUUAAACCCAUAGACGACCAUGAUGACAAAGAGCUCUUAGAACCAUCCAGUAAUAUUGACGAAAUCGGGAUUGAUUGUGCUGUUGCCGCUGAUAUAGAAGAAAUGCGAAGUCAGUUUGACACCGCUAUGGAAGAUCUCAAACUUGAUCAUGUCCCUUCAAAAUCGUAUCAAGACUGUAAUGCAAGCGUCAGUGGCUUCAGUUGUAUCAGCAGGUCAACCGCAGCCACCAUUGCUCCUGAAGUUAUUAAAGAGCGAUUAAAAAAGUCGUUUAAAAAAACCGACAAAAUCAACGCCAAUAAGAGAAUCCGUGCUAAGGGAGAAGCAAGCGCAACUACAAGACAGAGACGAGACAAUUCUGAUAAUAUUAGACAGUCAACAGGAAUAUGGGGUUGGCAAUGAGUAAAAUUGAGCUGCAUUUGUGAAUGUGGAAAUAAUUAUUAAAUAAAUAGAGUAUGAAUCACAUUUACAUACAUUUUCCUCGUAUUUAAUUUUUGCUGUGGAAUAACAUGUGACUAAUACAUAGUAAUAACUUAUACUUUCAUAAUUAACAAAAAACAAUGUUCAACCGGCCAUUAUUCCUAGAAAACCAGUAAACCGGUUUUGUUUCUGCAUGUCAUUUGAUCUAAUUAAUAACACAUAAUAUAGGAUGCACAUUAAAUAAAUAUCCAAUUAAAAUAUAA